UCAAACCACACGAGCAUCAUCUAUCCCCCCCCCGUCCUCACCAUGGGAACCUUCGUUUUCAAGUGGGAGCACCCGGCCUCCGAGGUUAUCGUCACAGGCACAUUCGACAACUGGGCGCAGACCGAGAAGCUACACAAGAAGGGCGACAUCUUCGAGAAGGAGGUUACGCUGCCCAGCGCGGCAGAGAAGAUAUACUACAAGUUCUUAGUCGACGGCAACUGGGUGACCGACCACACAGCGCCGCAAGAGAAAGAUAACCUGGGCAACCUCAACAACUACCUCACCACCGACCGCAUCAAGACACACACCCACACUCCCGCCGCAGCCGCACUCAUGUCCGGCGUCACCCCCAACUCCACCACCGCCGCCCUGGCGAAGGACGUGCCAAAAGAGAACGGCAGCUCCAGCGCCCUCCCCGGCGCUUUCCCCGAAACCCCCGCCACAGAACCAGAGAGCUUCUCCGUGAACCCCAUCCCCGCCUCCGCCGGCAACGGCAACCCCAUCACACUCGCGCCCGGCCAGGCUGUCCCCCACCCGAGCACCAUCAACGGCAACACCAUCGCCUCGGGUGUCCACGACGACGAGGAGCUCAAGGCAGCCGACCUGGCCAAGGGGCCAACUUACAGCGUGAACCCCAUCCCCGCCACCGCCGGCGGCGGUAACCCCAUCACCCUCGCCCCCGGCGAGCCCGUCCCCAACCCAAGCACGAUCACUGGCAACACCAUCGCCUCAACCGUCAGGACAGACAAGGAGUCCUACGAGAACAGCGGCGGUCUCGGAACCGCGCCGUUCCUGCCCCCAGUCGUCACUCCCGAGGCUGAGCGCAACGCAAAGGGAACUGGUGUCCUCGACCUCCCCUCCGUAUCCAAGGGCGGUCUCAUCCCCGAGUCCAGCCUCGCAAUGGGCGAGGGCGGCGCAGGAAAUUACGACGCUAGCCCGAUCAUCCAAUCUGUCGGCCCUGGCGCAACCACUGCUGCCUUAGCCGGCGCCGUGCCCCUCGAGAAAGACAUCAAGGGUAAAGAAGCCGCGACCAUCCAAUCCGUCGGCCCCGGCGCCACCACCGCCGCGCUAGCCGGCGCCGUCCCCCUCGAGAAGACAGGAAGCAGCGUCCCCGACCUCGUCAAGGAGAGCCAGGAAGCCGCACACUUCCCCCCCGAGGCUAGCGCCGUCCCCGAAGAAGUCGAGGAAAAGAAGGAGGUCGAGCGCGAACUUCUCUCCGGCGUCCCGCUCGCCCCCGUCACCUCCGACGGCACGACCAAGGAGUCCCACGACGCCGCCAAGUUCGGCGCUGGCGCCGCGGCGGCUGUGGCUGUUGGUGGUGCUGCGUUCGCGGUGGGGGCCGCGGCGAAGGGGAAGGUCUCGGAGGCUGUGGCGAAUGCGCCGAAUCCGAGCGAGGUGUCGAAAUCGAUCCCGAUCCCUGAUUCGAUUCGUGAGUCCAUCUCGAAUAUCAAUGAGACUGCUAAGCGUCAGUCUGUAGCUGGCAUCCCGGCUGAGUCGGAUGUGGUGCCGGAGACGGUGCGUCAGUCGAUUAGUGCUGCCCAUGAGAGCCCCGAGGCGGCGGCGUAUCAGGUUCCGGUUAUGGAGAAGAAGGAGGUUGAGAGCGAGUUGCUGAGGGAGGUGCCGACGGAUGUUUCGAAGGGGGAGAGUGCGCCUUCGUCUGCUGCGGGCGGGGCUGUCGCUACUGCUGCGCCGGUCCUCGCGUCCCCUGCUGUGGUGGCUGCGGUGACGGAGGAGGAGGUGGGCAGGCAGGCGGAGCUACCAAAGGAGUCGGUGGUGAGCGAUUUGAGUGAUGUUUCGCCUGGCACGAGUGAGCCGGUUGAGAAGCAGACGAGCCCCGUUGUUACUACUGGUGUAGCGAGCGGUGUUGUGCCCGCGACGUCGGUUGGUGCUGCGGCUGUGGCGCCGCCGACCCCGGCGAAGGAUUCUACGGCUGGGGUGGCGGCGACGAAGGCGGCUGCUGCUGGGAGCUCGAGUGGGAGCCCGGCUGCGGCGCUGGCGAAGGAGCAGCAGCAGAAGAAGAGGAGGAGCUUUUUUGGGAAGUUGAAGGAUAAGUUGAAGGAUUUGUAGAUGGGUGGUUGUGUGGUUGUGUGGGUGCAUGGUGGAUGGAUGGUUGGGGGGGAUGCAUGGUGGUUGGCUAGUUGGCUAGGGUUGGGGGGAGUGGUUGUAUAAUAAUCGGAUUUCCCGGUAGGGGAAGAGAGAGGGAGAGGGUCGUUGGAAUUGGAAUUGGAUCAGGCGGUCGUCUUUGUGUUUUUUUGUUUGUUCGUUAGGCUCUUAGGCUCGCUCAUUCUUCGGGGGGUUUUAUCAUAUCAUUUUGGUCGUUGUCCAUUCCAUCCGUGCUGUGCUGGUCUCCUUUUUUUUUUUUGUCGUUUGCUCGACUAUGCUUGUGCUUUGUGCUUGUUUUUGAUCAUGGUAGCUCGGGGCGGGUGGUGUAGCUGAGUUGAGCUGAGCUGAAGUGAGGUGGAUGGACGGACGGGACGUAGAUGGGGGCCAUUUUUGGGACAUGCAUCGAUCGGUGAGGAGGAGACUGGGUUAGUUAGAUUAUUUAUACUACCACCUUUUCUCGGGUUUCUUUAAAUCUGUGUCUCGGUCUUCUCGCGCUCGGCUUUUAAAUCCCGAACCACUUCCUCGUACUCCUGUACAUUCAACCCCCCAGCCGACCAGAGGAGGAGGGCUUGGAUG